AUGCCUGCUCCAAAGGAAAACACCACAGAAACCACAAAGACGUUUAAAGUCACCUGCGACAAAAGAAACGUGACGGGAGUCGACCUGUUCUCUGUCCAAGUGCUCAACGCCUCCCAGGACCUGAUGGAGUUCCUGAGUGUGAACAGUUCUGAAUGUUCUGUGGUUCUGUUCUUCACCUCCUGGUGCCAGUUCUCAGCCUCGUUGGCUCCUCACUUUAACGCUCUCCCUCGAGUCUUUCCCAUCAUGCACUUCCUGGCUCUGGACGCCUCUCAGCACAGCAGGUGA